AGCAGACGCUUCCUUCGACUUCUCCUAGGGAGCCUCGCCGUCGGCUGGGUGCUUCCCUUGCAGCCACCGGAGAGUCCCUGUGCUUCUCCUUGGGGCACCAUGCCCAACGACGACGCAUACAGCAAGCCCUCGGCACCGUCGGAGGCCCCGCACGCCCCCGGCGCACCUCCGCAGGGCAAGGCGGGGGGUUUCAGCAAAGCGCUGCUUGGGACCUCUGGCGGCGGGGGCUCCGGGGGCAGCGGCGGCGGCUCCGGGGCGUCGGGCAUGAGCGCUGCCUCGAACAAGAAGUCCCCGCGGCUGCCCAAGUGCGCACGAUGCCGAAACCACGGCUACGCGUCGCCGCUCAAGGGCCACAAGCGCUUCUGCAUGUGGCGGGACUGCCAGUGCAAGAAGUGCAACCUGAUUGCAGAGAGACAGCGCGUGAUGGCCGCGCAGGUGGCUCUGAGAAGACAGCAGGCUCAGGAGGAGGAAUUGGGGAUCAGCCACCCCAUCCCGCUGCCCAGCGCGGCUGAGCUGCUGGUCAAGAGAGAGAACCAUGGCAGCAACCCGUGCCUGAUGACUGAGAGCAACAGCUCCUCCCAGCCGCCGCCACCACCACCACCGGCGGCCAGCACCCCCACCACUGCAGCUCCAGAGGGACGCAUGGUCAUCCAGGAUAUUCCUGCUGUCACCAGCAGAGGGCACGUGGAGAACGCACCUGACCUCGUCUCAGACUCCACCUACUACAGCAGCUUUUACCAGCCGUCUCUGUUCCCUUACUACAACAAUUUGUACAACUACCCGCAGUACUCCAUGGCCUUGGCAGCAGACUCCUCUUCUGGGGAUGUGGGAAGCCCCCUUGGGGGGUCCCCUGUGAAGAACAGCCUUCGGAGCCUCCCGGCACCUUAUGUGCCUGGUCAGACAGGAAACCAGUGGCAGAUGAAAAACUCGGAGACCCGCCAUGCAGUGAGUUCCCAGUACAGAAUGCAUUCUUACUACCCGCCUCCUUCCUACCUGGGCCAGAGUGUGUCCCAGAUCUUCACUUUUGAGGACGGUCCGUCUUACUCGGAAGCCAAAGCGAGUGUAUUCUCGCCACCCAGCAGUCAAGAUUCUGGCUUGGUUUCCCUCUCCAGCAGCUCUCCUAUUAGUAAUGAGAGCACAAAGGGAGUGCUUGAAUGCGAGUCCGCCUCGGAGCCCAGCAGCUUCGCGGUCACUCCCGUCAUUGAGGACGACGAGUAAGCGGUGCCUUGGAGUAGCAGGCUUAUUCCGUUUGUUGUUAACAUUUUGCCUUGACUCAGCCGCCAACCUAUCUGUUUGAGAACCUGUUUCGUUGAUACGCCUUAGAGCUUAGCCCAGAGGCUGGAACACAUUUGGAAUAGUUUAGGAUCUGUGACAACCAUCCGCAACAAUUAAGUGCUUUGCUCACCAAGUUAAAUAUUAAAUACUAGUGCCUCUCAUUUUUAAAAAAUGACUGGUUUACACGUAGUUUUCAAGAAAUAUAGUAAUUCACUCAAGUAAAGGGGUAGUUGUGUACAUUUACAUCUAAAUGUGUCAUAAGUAGAAGUUACUUUUAGUUUUAAAAUGAAAUCUUAGGUGCCUUAGAUAUUUUUUGAAUUUUAGUAUUUUAAUAAAACUGCUAAAAUAUAAAUUUAGCAAAGUAAGUACCUGACUGGUGAGAAGAAAAGAGCAGUUAGUGAUUAUUUUAGAAAUCUGCAGGUUAGAGUAAAUAGAAAUACUGUGUGUUUGUGUUGCUGUUGGAAAAGCCUAGCCCCACCCCAUCCCCUCAGAUCUAAAACAUGACUGCAAUAGAGUCAGAAUCAAAAAUUGAUGUGUUUAAGAAUUGCAACCUUUUCUGUAAAGGGUAAUUUGAAACGAAUACAAUUUAAAGUAAUGCGGAGUUCUUGGGUGUUGUUUCUAGAAUAAUGUAAGAGUUUAUGAUACACAUUCUACUACAAGAAAAAAAAAUGGAUGCAAUCUAGAUUAUUUUGUAACCUUAGGUUGUAAUCUGAUUUGAAAAUAAGUACACCUCUAAAAGUUACUACAGAUUUCUGAGUUCAUUAUUUUGUUAAAAAUUGCUUGUGGCGUACGUACGUACUUCCUUAUGUAACAGAAGCCAUCCUUAACUGAAACUAGUCUGAAAAAAAUUCAUUGUUCUGUGUAGUUGCAGCUGUACCUGAAAUAAAAAUGUUAUUGAUGACUGAA